AUGAUGGAAGGUAUUUUAACUCAGAGGGUAACACCAUUACUUAAGUGCAUGGUUUUAUUCCUCUUCAUCUUCACCGCGAAAGUUUUAACAUCGCGUCCACAUGAAUCUCAAGAUACUAGAAAUAGUAUUCACCACCAAAAGCCAGCACAUUUUGUGAGAACCUUUACAAAAUACCAUCAUAGAAGAACUAUUCAGUGGAACAACUUACAAGAUGUCACCUACUGGCCAAUAACUCAGGAUCAACCAAAGGUUAUUGAUAAAAGAAGCGUAGACAAUUUGGAUGAACUCACACCUGAUGAUAAUAAGGAUUUUAAUCAACUAGCUUCAGCUUCUGUAAGAGAAAAUAUUAUAGGAAAUGAAAAAAAAUCUAUAUCAAGUGGCAAGGAAGAACAAAAUGGAUUGAGCAAUGAAGUUAGAAAAUACAAAAUGAAGGCUGCUGCUGUUGUGACUGAGAAACCGGUCACCAUAAAUCCAAACUCAAGGUCAUGUCUGUAUAAGAUACACAGUGUCGCUAUUAGUGUGACUCCAUCUUAUGAUGACGAGAGGAAUGCACAAUGGAUGGUUGAAAAUGAAAUAUUUGAUACUGGCAAACUAUAUGAAACAACUAUGCCAAAUGGUGAAGUGGUGCAGGUGGAACAGUGCACAGACCCGAAAGCCUAUUGCUACACACUGUGGCACCAGGACCAUGAGGGAAACAUCACUGUUUUAGGGCAAGGUUGCUGGCGUUCAUCCAUAGCGGAAGGUCGGAACAGUUGUGACAAAUGCACUCGAGUGACUCCCAAACUGCCCGGCAGCAAGUUCUGCUGUUGUACCAAAAGCUUCUGUAAUGCUGACUUUAUGUCUCUCAAAGAAGAAACGGUUACAAUAAAAGCCGAAUCCACGAUGGAAAGUGCGACGCAUCCAAAUUAUUCUAAUGUUGUAGCGUCCGCCAUCUUAGCUCUGGUCGCCAUUUUGUUGAUGGCGAUCGUGUUUAAGAAAGUUUAUUGUAAGAGAAUGGAGUUGGAUAAAGACGAUUUGAGCGAUGGUGUUGAUGUGGAAAAAGGUGACAUCAUGGGCAGUGGUCCUGAUGCUUUGGCCACUGGGUUGCUGUGUGUCGAUAAUUUAACACUCAUUGAGCAUAUAGGUCAAGGCAAGUUCGGUUCUGUAUGGCGAGGGAGUCUGGGUUCGACUCCUGUCGCCGUUAAACUGUAUUCCAACCCUUCUGCAUGGCAUAAAGAAGCUUCUAUAUAUGGAAUACCGCAUCUGGCCCAUCCGAAUAUAUUGAGAUAUUAUGGUAGCGACAGUCGUGCCUCCCUAACCGAGUGCGGGGGUCGCUCUCAGCUGGUGGUGCUGGAGCUGUGCGAGGAGUCACUCCGGAGUAGACUCCAGCGAGCGCCGAUCACGUGGCGCGAGUUCGCUGCGCUUGCGCACGGGCUGGCGGCUGCGCUUGCGCACCUACACGCUGCCACACCAACGAAGCCUUGCAUAGUGCACAGGGACGUGAACAGCGGCAACGUGUUAGUGGCGGCCGACGGCACCGCUCGGCUUGCAGAUCUAGGUCUAGCCCAGACAUUAUUGCCUAGACGGGAUCAUUCUACACCUAGUCGUAUUACUGAGGCUGGAACGCUACGCUACCUAUCACCUGAGGCUUUGGAGGGUGCUUUGGACCUGUCCGGGGCGCGCGCGGCCCUCUGCGCGGUGGACGUGUUCGCGCUCGCGCUCGUGCUAUGGGAGAUGCUAUGGCGCUGCUCUGGUGCUCACACCGUGGUGCCCCCAUACGCUCCGCCAUACCACCACCAUGGUCUGCCGCCGAGACCUACACUCGCUCAAAUGCAGGCGUUAGUAUCCCGCAACAAAGCCAGGCCGCCGUUGCCAAAGGGCCCAGUACCAGAAGCGAGGGUGCUCAAGAUAGCGACGGACACCUGUGACGAGUGCUGGGACCAUGACGCUGAGGCGAGAUUGACAGCAGUCUGUGUGGAGGAGCGUAUGGCUGAACUGAAAAUGAUAUUACAAGUGCAAGGGCCAGUUAUACACGAUAACAACUUGCAUCCGCAUCCGCCUGCGACAACAGAGCCACCUGUCCCACCGCCGGAAACCGACAAAAACUCAAACUGUACUUCCGCCCAAAAUAGUGACGUCACAACCCCCCUCCUUUACCCCGACCCCCAUAUAGGCCGGAACGCGUGUAUAGAGCGUAACACGAACACAGACACACAAACACACACGGUCGAACUCAUACACAAAAGCAUAAAAGAUACGCCCGAACAGAGAAUCAAUGAAGAGAACUGUCUGUCAGUAGCUCGAGUCUCCCAUAGACCACAGUUGCGUGAAAAUUCCGAUAGAUUGAACGAAAUACGUUCGUAUCAAAGACCUUUAGAUUAUGUCCCAAACGAUGUAACUGCACACGAGGAUAGAGGCCCGAAAGAGACCAACUUACUCCAAGAUAAACCCAAAUGGGGUAUAAGAAAGUUCUUCGAGAAAAAACUUACCAAGCCAAAGGAAACUGAAGUUAAACUAGACUCGAAUUUGGCCCAAAAUACUAAAACACGUACCUCUCUAAUCGAUAAACCCAGUAACAUAACGUUUGAUAGACCAACUAAUUUGGUCUUGAAUGAUGAAAGGGCCUACAAUUUUGAAGGACCCUGCACUUUAUCGCCUCCAAACAAAACUUUGUCUCCAACAAUGAUAAUGGAGUCUGAAAUGUUCAAAGAAUUACCCACAAGAGAUGAUGAUAGAAAUCAAGUAUUCGCAGUAAUUGUGCCUAAAGUGAAGCAAGAAAAGAAAGGCAGCUCGGAAAGUCUUAAACGUGUUAGGACCUCAGUUUCGAGUCAAAGUCUAUUCAGAAAUUCCGAAUCUGAAGAUUCGACGAUCAAAAAACGAUUGAGUUGCGAUAAUAAGAUCAUUUCCAAUAGCGGAAGAUCGUCUCGAGCCAGUAUCAAUUUAGAGUUGCAAUACAUCGAUAAUCAAAACGAUUUUGAAAGUCCAUUCGAUUUGAAUUCCGAUUGCUCGAGCAGCGAAGACGAACAUUUGAUGUUGCUAUCGGAAAAUGGCGGAUCUAAAAUAACAAUGCAAUCCAUGCCAAAAAAUGAGGAUAAAAAGAAAAAUGAUGUGCUAAAGGAAGCGAGUCUGCCUAAAACGGACUUCAGUUUCAAUAAAUACAACAAAUACACAAAUUUUGAUAACGAGUUCAGUGACCCAAAUGAUAAGGAAAACCUGGUGAAUGGUUACAGCGGGGAUAACCCGGUUUAUUUGGCGGCAUUGAAUGGGGAAAUCCCGGAAUUGACAUUAAAACUACCUUCGAGUAGUACAAACACGGAUACAGACACAAAACCCUGUUUAAAGUCGCUAUCAAUCAAACGUCAACACUCAUUAGAGCAGGUCAGCGAUAUAUUCUCAUCUGGGGAUUCGAAUUUGUUGAAUCCCGCGGGAAGGGUUAAAACCCCCGGGGAUUUGCCGGUGGCCGUACGCAGGGCCAGACGGGAUAGAGCCCUUCAAAAGGGAAGGGCUAGUGAAUGUAAUAGAUUGAGUUUGUACGAUGACCGAAUGAUGUUUGGUAACAGUUUG